AUGAGACUGCUAAUAUUUUCAAUACUAAUCUGCUUAGCAUAUGCUAAGAUACGAGAAAUUAGUGUAAUCAAAUCGGAAAAUAAUGUUCUGGCUAAGGAUUUCAAUGAUGGAAAGGGAUAUCGACCGAAUUGGAGGGAUUUAGAUAAACGGCCGCUACCCGAGUGGUAUGAUAGAGCUAAGAUAGGCAUAUUCCUCCAUUGGGGGGUGUAUGCCGUACCUAGUUUCGGGUCGGAAUGGUUUUGGAUGAACUGGAAAACUAAUGUGACAAAAUACGUUGACUUCAUGGAUAAAAAUUAUCCACCAAAUUUUACCUAUCAGCAAUUUGCUCCAAUGUUUACGGCAGAAUUUUUCGACCCUGCAGCAUGGGCACAACUAUUUGCGGAAGCUGGAGCGAAGUACCUUGUCUUAACUAGCAAACAUCAUGAAGGUUUCACCUUGUUCCCAUCAAAGCGUUCAUUCAGUUGGAAUGCAGUUGAUGUCGGGCCAAAACGAGACUUGGUGGGCGAGCUAUCGGCUGCUGUAAGAAAGAGGGGUCUAAAGUUUGGUGUAUAUCAUUCUUUGUAUGAAUGGUUCAACCCAAUCUACCUGCAGGAUAGAAAUGCAUCAUUUGAGACGCACACAUUUGUAGACACAAAGUUGUGGCCAGAUUUAAAACAAAUUAUCCAUGAUUAUAAACCAUCAGUGAUUUGGUCUGAUGGUGAUUGGGAAGCUCCUGAUGAUUACUGGAGAUCCACAGACUUUCUGGCUUGGCUGUACAACAAUAGUCCAGUUAGAGAAGAAGUUGUUGUGAAUGAUAGAUGGGGUAAAGAUAUCCCUGGACACCAUGGAGACUUCUUUAAUCAUGCUGAUCGAUUCAAUCCUGGUAAACUACUCGACCAUAAAUGGGAAAACGCUUUUACAGUUGAUAAAGUAUCGUGGGGAUACAGAAGAAAUAUGAAAAUCGGUGAAAUAAUGACAGAUUCACAGCUUCUGUUCCAAGUGGUAUCAACAGUCAGUUGUGGAGGUAACGCUCUUAUCAAUGUGGGUCCCACUAAGGAAGGGACAAUAAUACCAGUAUUUCAAGAACGACUCUUAUUCCUUGGAAAGUGGCUGGCCAUCAACGGAGAAGCGAUAUAUGACAGCUCACCAUGGUUCUCCCAAAACGACACGGUGAAUGGCAAAGUAUGGUACACUUGUACCAAAGAAAAUUAUAAUGCUACUCACCCCACUUAUCCGCCUAGUGCUAAUGAUAAAAUCCUUGCAAUCUAUGCUAUCGCGCUUGAAUGGCCUAAGGACAAUUGGCUAACUCUUGGCGAUAUUACAAGUUAUUUGCACAGAGGGACAUAUCAAGUGGAGUUGUUGGGCAACAAAGGAGUGUACUUGGCUUGGAAGAUAAGUAACGGGAAGGUCGCUAUACAACUGCCCGAUAAGGCGACUGUGCGCUCGAAAGUAGCUUGGACUUUAAAGUUUACGUUAAAGUAA